AUGCCGGCAGAUCCGCACGCGACUCUUUCGCCAAACGAGGAAAAGAGCGACGAGGUAGUCAAUGUACCGUACAGAGAAGCGAUCGGCUCGUUGAUGUUUCUUGCAAUAGUAUCGAGACCAGACAUCGCAUUCGCGGUGAAUGCAGCGAGUAGAUUCACGAAUAAUCACAAUGAGUCUCAUUGGCGCGCGGUAAAGCGAAUAAUCGCGUACAUAAACGGUACGGUCAAAUUGGGGAUAGAGUAUCGAAGCGGCGGUAGAGACUCGGGUUUGAUCGGGUACUCAGAUGCGGAUUUUGCGAGUAACGUAGAGUCAAGGAGAUCGACGACGGGCUACGUAUUCUACUUGUCAAACGGACCAAUUACGUGUUCUUCGCAGAGACAGAAACUCGUAAUACUCAGUACGACGGAAGCUGAGUAUGUCGCGGCAUCCGCGGCCACAAGAGAAGCCAUGUGGCUUAGAAAGCUGUUGAGAGAUCUCGGGCACUCGUGCGUCGAGGCUACAAAGCUUUACGUAGAUAAGUGA